GACAUCUGUACUACCCAAAGCAGCCUACACAUUCAGUGCAUUUCCUCUCAAAGUAUCAACAGCAUUUUUCACAGAACUAGAACAAAAAUCCUAAAAUUUGUAUGGAACCACAGAAGACCCCAAAUAGCCAAAGCAGUCUUGAAAAAGAAAAGCAAAGCUGGUGGCAUCACAAUCCUGAACCUGAAGUUAUAUCACAACUGUAGUUCUCAGAACAGUGUGGUACUGGCACAAAAAUAAACACAUAGAUGAAUGGAACAGAAUAGAAAACACAGAAAUAAACCCACAAUUACAUGUUCAAUUAGUUUUCGACAGAGCAGUAAAGAAUAUCCAAUGGGAAAAAGACAGUGUCUUCAACAAAUGGUGUUGGAAAAACUGGACAGCAACAUGCAAAAGAAAGAAACUGGACCAUUUUCAUACACCUACAUCAUACAUAAAAAUGAAUUCAAAACAGAUUAAAGACCUAAAUGUGAGACCUGAAACCAUGAAAAUCUUAGAAGAGAGCACAGGCAGUAAUUUCUCUACCAUCGGCCAUAGCAACUUUUUCUAAAUAGGUCCUCUGAGGCAAGGGAAACAAAAAGCAAAAAUAAACUAUUGGGACCUCAUCAAGAUUAAAAGCUUCUACACAGCGAAGGACACAACAAAAUGAAAAGGCAAGGGAGAAGAUAUUUGUAAAUGACAUAUUUGGUAAAGGGUUAUUAUCCAAAAUAUUUAAAGAAUGUAUAAAACUCAACACCCAAAAAACAAAUAAUCCAACUAAAAAAUGGGCAAAAGACACGAACAGACAUUUUUCUAAAGAAGACACAUAUAUGGCCAAGAAACAAAUGAAAAAAUGCUCAUCAUCACUUAUCAUCAGGGAAAUGCAAAUCAAAAUUACAGUGAGAUGUCACCUCAUACCAGGCAGAAUGACUAAAGUCAACAACAAAAGAAACAACAGGUACUGAUGAAAAUGUGGAGAAAGGGGAACCCUCAUGCACUGUUGGUGGGAAUACAAACUGAUACAACCUCUCUGUAAAACAGUAUGGAGGCUUCUCAAAAAGUUAAAAAAGAACUACUCUAUGAUCUAGCAAUUGCAUGGCUGGAUAUUUUCCCGGAGAAUACAAAACACCAAUUUAGAAGGAUACAUGCAUCCCUGUGUUUAUAGCAGCAUUAUUUACAAUUAGCCAAGAUAUAGAAGCAUCCUGUGUCCAUUGAUUGGUGAAUAGAGAAAUAAAAAAGUAGUAUAUAUACACAAUGGAAUGUUAUUCAGCCAUAAAAAAGAAUAAAAUCUUUCCAUUUGCAAUGACAUGGAUGGAAUUAGAGUAUAAUGCUAAGUAAAACAAGUCACUCAGAGACAAAUACCAUAUGAUUUCACUCAUAUAUGGAAUUUAAGAAACAAAACAAAUGAACAACAGGAAGGAGAGAGAGAGAGAGAGAGAGAGAGAGAGGGAGAGGGAGAGGGAGAGGGAGAGGGAGAAAGGGAGGGAGGGGAAGAGAGACCAACCAAGAAACAGAGUCUUAACUAUAGAGAACAAACUGAUGGUUACCGGAGAGAAGGUGGGUGAGGGUGCGUGGGUGAAAUAGGUGAUGACGAUUAAAGAGUGCAUUUGUCAUGAUGUGCACCAGGUGAUUAAAAUAAAAACUUAAAAAAAAAAAAACACGAGAAGAAAAAAGAGUCUAAAGGUGUCUUUGGAACAUAUCUUUGCGAUAUAUCUGGGUGAAAUUUUUGGACUCUCAACUAUGUUUUUCUGAUACUAAAUGCUAACUGAAGUAACAGGUUCCCAGUAUUUGUAAAGCCUACAUUUAAAUUCAACUCGUAUUUAUUCAGCAGUUAUUAUGUGUCAGGCAUUGUGUUGGUAUCUCUACUUUAUUUCAUAAUUAAAUUAUAUUGAUUUUUUAUUAAUUUUUUAAAUGUUUAUUUGAGAGAGAGAGAGAGAGCAAGCAAGUGAGCAGUGGAGGGGCAGAAAGAGAGAGGGAGAGAAAAUCCCAACUAGAUUCUAUGCUGUCAGCGCAGAGCUUGACACAGGGCUUGAGCUCACAAACCAUGAAAUCAUGACCUGAGCCAAAACCAAGAGUGGGACACUCAACCGAUUGAGCCACCCAGGUGCCCCUUAAAUUAUUUUUAAUAAUGAACUUGAAGUACCAUUUUUAUUUGGUCAAAGUAGAAAAAAUAAAAUUGUCUAUUAAAGCUUUGGGGAGGAUGCAUGUGGAAGUCUUGUCUAAGGUAAACGCAGGUAUUGAAGCGAUUAUGUGAAAUGUAGGAUUGAGUUAUGGUAUAAAGAAUCUGUCAGAGGGGUGCCUGGGUGGCUCAGUCGGUUAAGGUCCUGGCUUUGGCUCAGGCCAUCAUCUUGGGGUCCGUGGGUUUGAGCCCCAUAUUGGGCUCUGUGCUGACAGCUCAGAGCCUGGAGCUUGCUUCUGAUUCUGUGUCUCCCUCUCUCUGCCCCUCCGCCCCUCACACUCUGUCUCUCUCUCUCAAAAAAUGAAUAAAUGUUUUAAAAAGUCUGUCAGAUAAUCAACUUUUCCUUUGAAAUCAGAGUACUAAUGGGGGGCACAUAUUGGGUUUAGGAGAAGAAAAACCUCUGACCAUACCUCCUACAAUAACUUUAUUUUACUUUGUCGUAGUGCUUUAUUGGUUUGUAUAUCCAUAAGGAAAACAAUAUUUUAAAAUGUCAUUUCUUUGGUGAAUGUUAAGAUACUACAUAUCAAAUUUGUAAGAUUUCUUGUUUCUAGAUAUCACAGAGUGAAUCCUCUACCCUCUCCCACAGAUUCUCUCCAAGCCUCUAUAGUUUUUCCUCUCAGGUGAGGGAAAUAGGGAAGAAAUCAAUAUAUAGUAGAUAAAUGAAGUAAGUGGUAUUAGAAUCCUGAAGUUCUAUUUUGUAUUUUUCCAAACCACCAAAUCUAUAAUUUUAUAUACUCUAUUUUUCUAUGAAAGAUGAAUAAGUUAUUGUAAUGCUUUCCUUAAGUUUUGAACAAGCUCAAUUAGAGUAUUUGUAAAGUACAUUAAGAUCUGUGGAUAAACAGUAUAGAUUCUAUAAAUAAAUAAACAUAGUAAUCCUAAAUGCGAUGAAUAGUUACUGAGAAGAACAGGUCAUUUCUCUCAGUUUCUAAGUAAUUACAAAGCAAACACUUUAAUGUAAAAAGUAGGAAUGAAUAUUAUGGUAUUAAAUUUAGCAUGGACAGGCCUUACAUUAAGCAGUUUCCUGAACUAUGUAUAUAAUCUCUGUCUUUGGGAUCAUCGUUUCCGAUAAUUUAGAAGUCAUUAGAUGCCUUUGGCCCAGGACAGAAAGUUGUUACAUGGUCCUUUUUCUAGCUGGAUCUAUUUAAUGCUCUUUGCUAAAUCUAGAUGGUUAAAGAAUAGAGCAAAUAAAACUCAAAUUCAGGCUACUUCAAGGUAAGUGUGAUUUAUUCUUGUUUGUAUAAAAUAUGGGAUUCUCUUAAAUCUUCAGUUUAUAUCUUAUUUCUUAAGCAGUGUUUGGCAUAUUAUAACCUGGCAUAAUUGUGUUUCAAUGUACAAAGUAGUAGGAAUAGUAAAAUUUCAGUGUUCCAGUCAUGAGUUUUAGGAUAUGUAGGUUGUAGGCAUGGAGCCAGAUUGUGAGAGAAAUCACACCAAGUCUCAGCACAGAAAAGCAACAGUGCCUGAGGAUGUGUGAUUUUCUGAUAUCACCUAUCAGGUUCUCCCAUUUAGAUUCCUGCUUGAGAGAAGUGACACAUUUCUCCAGAGAGAGGCAAGCAAUGGCGAACCUUCACAUAUAAGGUCAGACAUUACCAGCACAGGAGUAAUUUGACUUAAAUUUGGAGGAGAGUUUUUGUCACAUGGACAUGUGGGACAUGGGCUAGAUAGAUGGUUAGUUCUUGGGCUGUCAUUAACUGUGUGUGUGUGUGUGGGGGGUGGUGGUAAAAUAUACAUAACAUUUAAAUUGAUCAUUUUAGUCAUUUUUAUAUAUGGUUCAGUGGCAUUAGUCAUAUUUACAAUGUCAUGCGACCAUUGCCACCACCCAUCUCCCCGGUUUUUUCAUUCUCCCAAGCUGAAACUCCAUGCUCAUUAAACAAUAACUGCUUAUUAACCCCCUUCCCCAGCGCCUGGCAACCACCAUUCUCCUUUCCAUGAAUUUAACUACUAGUCUAGGAACUUCAUAUAAGUGGAAUCCUACGGUAUUUGUGUUUUUGUGACUGGAUUAUUUCUCUUAGCAUGGUGUCUUCUAGGUUUAUUUUUGCAGCUUAUAAUAACAGAAUUUUAUUUCUUUUGAAGACCGAGUGAUAUCCCAUUGUAUGUAUAUGCUACAUUUUGUUUAUACAUUCUUUUAUAGAUGGACACUUGACCUGGAUUGUUUCCACCUUUUGAUACCAUGUACUUUUUUUUUUAAGACUUUAUUUAUUUUUUUUUAUAGCAGCUUUAGAUUACAACAAAAUUGCAAGAAAGGUACAAAGAUUUCUUAUAUAUUUCAUGCUCCCAUAUAUACUUGGCCUCUGUCAUUAUUAACAUCACUCACCAGAAUGGUACUUUUUUUUUUUUAACCCAGGAUGACCCUCCAUUGACACAUCACAUUUACCUGAAGUCCAUAGUUUACUUUAGGGUUCAUUCUUGGUGUUGUGUAGUCAUUUGGUUUGGACAAAUGUAUAAUGACAUAUAUCCAUCGUCAUAAUAUCAUAUAGAGUACUUUUCUUUGUUCUACUAAUCAACUGUGCUCUACCUAUUCAUUACCCCUGGCAACCACCGAUCUUUUUAUUGCCUCCAUAGUUUUACCUUUUCUAGGAUGCCAUAUAGUUGGAAUCAUACAGUAUUUGGCCUUUUCAGAUGGGCUUCCUUCACUUAGUAAUAUGCAUUUAAGUUUCCUCUAUGUUUUUACAUGGUUGGAUAGCUCAUUUCUUCUUAGUGCCUAGUAAUACUCCAUUGUCUUGAAGUACUACCAUUUAUUUAUCCAUUUACCUACUGAAAUUGAUCUUGGUUGCUUCCAAGUUUUUGGCAAUUAUGAAUAAAGCUGCUUUAAACAUCCGUGUGGGUUUUUGUGUAGGGAUAAGUAAAUAUCAAGGAGUGUGAUUGCUGGAUCACGUGAUGAGUAUGUUUAGUUUUGUAAGAAACCACCACACUAUCUUCCAAAGUGGCUGUACAAUUGUGCUUUCCUAUUACCAACAAGUGAAGUUCCCAUUGCUGCACAUCCUCACCAGCAUCCGGUGUUUGUCGUCCGUGUUGUGAAUUCUGACCAUUUUGAGAAGCAGGUGGUGGUAUCUCACUGUUUUAAUUGGCAUUUCCCUGAUGACAGAAGCUGUGGACGUCUUUUCAUGUGCUCAAUUUUCCAUUUGUGUAUCUUCUUUGAUUAGGUGGCUAUUAAUGGGUCGUCGGCCCACUCAUCAAGUUUUGUCUCAUUCUUGAGUUUUAAGAGUUCUUUGUAUAUUUUGAAUAAGAGUUCUUUAUCAGAUGCAUCUUUAGCAAAUAUUUACUCUCUAUCCAUGGCUUGUCUUCUAACGUUGUCUUUUAUGGAGCAGAGGUUCUUCAUUUUAAUGAAUUCCAGCUUAGCAAUUAUUUCUUUCAUGGAUUGUGUUUUGGUGUUACAUCUAAAAAGAUGUCACCAUACCCAAGGUUAUCUAGAUUUUCUCCUGUUAUUUUGUAGGAGUUUUAUAAUUUUGCCUUUUGUAUUUAAGUCUGUGAUAAUUUUGAAUUAAUUUUUGUAAAGGGUAUAAAGUCUUUGUGUAGAUUUAUUUAUUGCAUGUGGAAGUCCAAUUGUCCCAGCACCCUUUGUUGAAGAGACUGUCUUUUCUGUAUUCUAUUGUUCUUGCUCCUUUGUCAAAGAUCAGUGCCAUUUAUUUUUAUUUAUCCACUUUUUAAUGUAUGUUUAUUUACUUAUUUUAAGAGAGAGAGAGAGAGAGCAAGCGCACCAGCAACAGAGAGACAGACAGUGAGGGAGAGAGAGAAUCCCAAGCAGGUUCCACACUGUCAGCACAGGGCUAGACAAGGGGCUCAAUCUCAAGAACCGCAAGAUCAUGACCUGAACUGAAAACAAGAAUCAGACACUCAACUGACUGAGCCACGCAGGUGCCCCUGUGACAUUUACUUUUAUAAAUCAUUCAUUUGUUUAUGUAGAAGGAAUUUUGAUAAGAAUUAGUUACAAGAUCAUUAUGGUCUUUCUAAUGUCCAUUCCUAGUCACCGAAGAGUUUAUUCAUUCAAAAAAAGUGAGAGCCUAUGAUGUGUACCGUGCUAGGUACUGCGAGUACAGGGACACAAGCAAACAUGGUGCCAGCCAUCAUAGAGAUGAGAGUGUCUCAGGGGAAGUGGACACUAACUACUUAAAUAAUUUCAGGAUUAAAUGUAAAAUUAGAAUGGUAAUAAACAUAGGGAAAUGAUGCACAGUACCAUGAUGACUUUGAAGGAAUUUUAGCAGUAUUUUUUAGGAGUGGACUAAGAAUCAGUCAGGGAAGGGAGGGUGAAGGAAUGCUCUAGGCAGAGGAAAUAAUGUGUAGAAAGGCCCCUUUGCUCUUCCAGGAAACAAGAGCAGCCCAGGUGAUCUGGAAGGCAUGAGCAUGGCAUAACUGUUAAAAACAUAGAAAUCUUGCAUAGAUAACUGUUAAAAACAUAGACAUCUUGUAAUAAGAGUUUUAGUGUGUGUGUGCUGAGAGCAGUGGGAAGCCAUUGAUGUGUUUUAAUUGAAAAAAAAGGACUCAAUAGAUUAGGUUGAAGUGACUGGAUUUUAGUUUUUAAAAGAUCUCAGGAGGAGUAUGUUAAAUGGAUAGGGUGGGUGAGAUUAAAAUUGAAUCCAGACAGUCCUUAAUACAGAGACUUUUGCAAUUUUUAAGGCAGAAGUAAUGAGUGGGCAGAAAUGAAGAGAAGUCUGAAUUUGAGAAAGAGUAGAGAAUUUAAUUAACGGAAUAUUGUGAUGGACUGGACAUGGAGAAAGAUGUUAAGGAGAACACAUAGAUGUAUAAAUUAUAUAAUGGGACCAUGAUGGCCCUUCAUUGAAAAAGUGCAUGAGAUGAAGAAAUGAUGGAAGCCAAAAUAGGUUAACUCUUGAGAGAUUUUAGUUGUGAAGUGUUGGGUAUGAAGAUGUUAGACUGCAGCCAUGGGGAAAUGUAGGAUCUAAAGAAGCUUUCUGUUCUUUGUGUUGUUUUAGAGAUGUGAGAGAUCUGAACAUAUUUAAAAGCCAGUGUAGAGACUGGCUGGUUAUGGGGGAGAGAUUGAAUAUAUGCGGGGGAGGGGGGAAGGGUAAUGAAUAAUAUAAGAAGUCUAUGAAAAGGGUAUACUGAAGAUGGGCGGGAAGAAUAGUCAUGUGGAGGGAAUGGUUGCUUUUAGAUAAUGAGGGGGAAAAAUAAAAGAGAGUAGUAUAGGUGCAGUGUUAAGGAGACAAGAAACACAAGUUAGUAAGCACUGACAAUUCCAAAGUCAAUUAAUUGAAGUUGCUAGAUUUUCCAUCUCUGUUUUCUGUUAGGUUUACCAGUUAUGGACAGAUUGACUAUGGGAAAUUGACCAGUGCUUCAGAUUUAAAAUGUCCUUAUUCUUUGUCAACUAUAAUGCUGUCUUUUAAAUAAAUUGCUAACCCAGGUGAAAUUAAGGUUUAUGGUAGAAUAACAUAUCCUCAUUAAAUUUAAACUCUCUACCUCUGAAAGUUUGAAUUCUUUUAUUUUUUUUUAAAUCGUGAGUGUGUUUAUUUUGAUAUUAUUUGCAAUGUGCCAUGUGCGUGCGCGCGCGCGUGUGUGUAUAGGUGUUUGUGAAAAUCACAUCUUCUAAAUUUACACAAACCUUGUUAAAUGUGCAUUUUGUAAAUUUUUGAUAAAUGCUUCCUGUAGCACAGUGAUAUUUCAGGGUGGGAAGGAGGUCACAUCCAUUCUCUUAUCUUCAGAUUGGUGAAAAAUCAUAUUUUAGUUCAAAGCUGUUCAAGUAAGUCCUUGCUCCGUUUUCCCACCCUGUCUUCAGUGAUAUUAUUUGGAGUCAGCAAUCAAUGGAUUCCAUCCCUCUGAGACUUGCUUAACCUACAGCUGCUGAUAUAAUACAGGCAAGAGCUUGCUACUUUAUCUGAAUUGUCCAUCGCUACCUUAAUGAGUGAAAUGGUUAAGUAGAGGAGGGGGCGAGUCUUAAGGAAUGUGUGUACCAUUUGAGCUGAAUAUUUCAGUGUAUGUAGAGAGAGGGAGGGUGAGAGAGAAAUCCACUUACAUCACUAGAACUGCAUUGAGUGUGAGCCUUGCAGGUUAAGAGACAGACUACAGUGUCUUGCUUUCUGCAGGAAGCAGCAAUGCCGUUUGUUUCCUAAGAGGAAUUUUUUAUUUAGAAAAGGAAGCUUUCUCUCUACCCAGGAAAUGGCUUUCCUUGUGCGUUGCUAUGCCAACUGCCUGCAGCCAUGGUCCUCCAAAGUAAGCACAAUAAUGUAAUUAUAUUGGUGUAUUGCAUUCAGACUCAUGAUUCUCGAGAUUGUGUGUGUGCAUGUGCUGUGUUUCUGUUAGUGACUCUUUUGCUAGCAGUCAUGCUUGUGUUGAGUGUGAGGGACAGACAUCAUUAAAUUAAAUGUCCAUCAGUGUCAUGCUGCUAAGAUUAAUUGUGCAAACUUGGUUAGUGGAGUGGGACAGAGAUCACUGGUCACCACUCUGUCAGCAUCAUUAGCAGCUAGGGAGGAGGUCCCGAUUCACAUGCUCUGCCCUGAUUUUUUUCUUUCUUUCUUUUUCUUUUUUCUUUUUUCUUGGUUGGAGGGGUCCGUAUGUGUGGUUGCAAAUGAAACAAGAGUAUUAACAAUGCUUGGCUGAAUGCUAGAGACUGGUUCUUCUAGCACCCUGACUAAUAUAAUUCUGUAUUAAGCCUUUUUGAGGAGAGUCUGUGUGCAGUCAGCCAUUUUAGCUUUUUUUUUUUUUUCUUCUUUUGCCUCUUGUUCUUCAAUCUCAGAAAUGAUCUUGUUCUCUUGGAAGACUGAGAGCUGUAUAAGGUUUCCUCAGUCUUGUCAUAGCCUAAGAUGGUUAGAGUUUCAAUGUUAUAAAAAUGGAGACGAACACCGUUGUUCGGAUUCCUUUUCUGGUCUACAAGUGUGAGGGGUUUUUUAAGCUUUACCAGUAGUGACACUUUAAGCUGCAGCUUCGUUUCCUCCUCCCUCUUCUUUUUUUUUUUUUUUUUUUUUUCCUUUUUCUUUUUUAAUUUAAUGCUGUAGAGAGUGACUUGCCAUCCAUGAGAGAUUGGUACAUGAUGUGUAAAUUCAGUUCAGCAUAUGUUUCUUCAUUAUGAAACCACUAGCAGUCCCAGCUAACCAUGGAGUUAUGGGCCAGCAGGAGAAACAUUCACUUCCUGCAGAUUUCACAAAACUACACCUUACUGAUAGUCUCCACCCACAGGUGACGCACGUUUCUUCUAGCCAUUCAGGAUGUAGUAUCACUAGUGAUUCUGGAAGCAGCAGUCUUUCUGAUAUCUAUCAGGCCACAGAAAGCGAGGCUGGUGAUAUGGACCUGAGUGGGUUGCCAGAAACAGCAGUGGAUUCUGAGGACGAUGAUGAUGAAGAAGACAUUGAGAGGGCAUCAGAUCCUCUGAUGAGCAGGGACAUUGUGAGAGACUGCCUAGAGAAGGAUCCAAUUGACAGGACAGAUGAUGACAUUGAACAACUCUUAGAAUUUAUGCACCAAUUGCCUGCUUUUGCCAAUAUGACUAUGUCAGUGAGACGAGAACUUUGUGCUGUUAUGGUGUUUGCAGUCGUGGAACGAGCUGGGACCAUAGUGCUAAAUGAUGGUGAAGAGCUGGAUUCCUGGUCAGUGAUUCUGAAUGGUUCUGUGGAAGUAACUUAUCCAGAUGGAAAAGCAGAAAUAUUAUGUAUGGGAAAUAGUUUUGGUGUCUCUCCUACCAUGGACAAAGAAUACAUGAAAGGAGUAAUGAGAACAAAGGUGGAUGACUGCCAGUUUGUCUGCAUAGCCCAGCAAGAUUACUGCCGUAUUCUCAACCAAGUAGAAAAGAACAUGCAAAAAGUUGAGGAGGAAGGAGAAAUUGUUAUGGUAAAAGAACACCGAGAACUUGAUAGGACCGGAACAAGAAAGGGACACAUCGUCAUUAAGGGCACCUCAGAAAGAUUAACGAUGCAUUUGGUGGAAGAGCAUUCAGUGGUGGAUCCAACAUUCAUAGAAGACUUUCUGUUGACCUACAGGACUUUUCUUUCUAGCCCAAUGGAAGUGGGCAAAAAGUUAUUGGAGUGGUUUAAUGACCCGAGCCUCAGGGAUAAGGUUACACGGGUAGUAUUAUUGUGGGUGAAUAAUCACUUCAAUGACUUUGAAGGAGAUCCUGCGAUGACUCGAUUUCUAGAAGAAUUUGAAAAUAACCUGGAAAGAGAGAAAAUGGGCGGACAUCUAAGGCUGUUAAAUAUUGCAUGUGCGGCUAAAGCAAAAAGAAGAUUGAUGACAUUAACAAAACCAUCCCGAGAAGCUCCUUUGCCUUUUAUCUUACUUGGUGGCUCAGAGAAGGGAUUUGGAAUCUUUGUGGACAGUGUAGAUUCAGGUAGCAAAGCAACCGAAGCAGGCUUGAAACGAGGGGAUCAGAUAUUAGAAGUAAAUGGUCAAAACUUUGAAAAUAUUCAGCUGUCAAAAGCCAUGGAAAUUCUCAGAAAUAACACACAUUUAUCAAUCACUGUGAAAACCAAUUUAUUUGUAUUUAAAGAACUGCUAACAAGAUUGUCAGAAGAGAAAAGAAAUGGUGCCCCUCACCUUCCUAAAAUUGGAGACAUCAAAAAGGCCAGUCGCUACUCCAUUCCAGAUCUCGCUGUAGAUGUAGAACAGGUGAUAGGACUUGAAAAAGUAAAUAAAAAAAGUAAAGCUAACACUGUUGGAGGAAGAAACAAGCUAAAAAAGAUACUUGACAAGACUCGGAUCAGUAUCUUGCCACAGAAACCAUAUAAUGAUAUUGGGAUUGGUCAGUCUCAGGAUGACAGCAUAGUAGGAUUAAGGCAGACCAAGCACAUCCCAACUGCAUUGCCCGUCAGUGGAACCUUGUCCUCCAGUAAUCCCGAUUUAUUGCAGUCACAUCAUCGCAUUUUAGACUUCAGUACUACUCCUGACUUGCCAGAUCAAGUGUUAAGGGUUUUUAAAGCCGAUCAGCAAAGCCGAUACAUCAUGAUCAGUAAGGACACCACAGCGAAGGAAGUAGUCAUUCAGGCCAUCAGGGAGUUUGCUGUGACUGCCACCCCGGAUCAGUAUUCGCUGUGUGAGGUCUCUGUCACACCUGAGGGUGUAAUCAAACAAAGAAGACUCCCAGAUCAGCUUUCCAAACUUGCUGAUAGAAUUCAGCUGAGUGGAAGGUAUUACUUGAAAAACAACAUGGAGACAGAAACUCUUUGUUCAGACGAAGAUGCUCAGGAGCUGUUGAGGGAGAGUCAAAUUUCCCUCCUGCAGCUCAGUACUGUUGAAGUGGCCACACAGCUCUCUAUGCGGAAUUUUGAACUUUUCCGUAACAUUGAACCUACUGAAUACAUAGAUGAUUUAUUUAAACUCAAAUCAAAAACCAGCUGUGCCAACCUGAAGAAAUUUGAAGAAGUAAUUAACCAGGAAACAUUUUGGGUAGCAUCUGAAAUUCUGAGAGAGACAAACCAGCUGAAGAGGAUGAAGAUCAUUAAGCAUUUCAUCAAGAUAGCACUACACUGCAGGGAAUGCAAGAAUUUUAACUCAAUGUUUGCAAUCAUCAGUGGCCUAAAUUUGGCACCAGUGGCAAGACUACGAACCACCUGGGAAAAACUUCCCAAUAAAUACGAAAAGCUGUUUCAAGAUCUCCAAGACUUGUUUGAUCCCUCCAGAAACAUGGCAAAAUAUCGCAAUGUCCUCAACAGUCAAAACCUGCAGCCUCCCAUAAUCCCUCUAUUCCCAGUUAUCAAGAAGGAUCUCACAUUCCUUCAUGAAGGAAAUGACUCAAAAGUUGAUGGGCUAGUCAAUUUUGAGAAGCUAAGGAUGAUUGCAAAAGAAAUUCGUCAUGUUGGCCGAAUGGCUUCAGUUAACAUGGACCCUGCCCUCAUGUUCAGGACUCGGAAGAAGAAAUGGAGGAGUUUGGGGUCUCUCAGCCAGGGUAGUACAAAUGCAACAGUGCUAGACGUUGCUCAGACAGGUGGUCAUAAAAAGCGGGUACGUCGUAGUUCCUUUCUCAAUGCCAAAAAGCUUUACGAAGAUGCCCAAAUGGCUCGAAAAGUCAAGCAGUACCUGUCCAAUUUGGAGCUAGAAAUGGAUGAGGAGAGUCUGCAGACCUUAUCACUGCAGUGUGAGCCAGCAACCAACACAUUGCCUAAGAAUCCUGGUGACAAAAAGCCCGUCAAGUCUGAGACCUCCCCAGUGGCUCCAAGGGCAGGGUCGCAACAGAAAGCACAAGCCCAGCCACAGCCCCAACAGCCACCGCCACCACAUAAAAUCAACCAAGGACUGCAGGUUCCUGCUGUGUCCCUUUAUCCCUCGCGAAAGAAAGUACCCGUAAAGGAUCUCCCACCUUUUGGCAUAUACUCUCCACAAGCUUUAAAGAAAAUUCUUUCUUUGUCUGAAGAAGGAAGUCUGGAGCGUCAUAAAAAACAAGCAGAAGACACUAUAUCAAACGCAUCUUCCCAGCUUUCUUCUCCUCCCACUUCUCCACAGAGUUCUCCAAGGAAAGGUGGCAGUGACAAUCAGCUGAGAUCUUUUGGCUCCGGGCAGUUGGACUUAACCAGUUCCUCCUCUUCUCUUGGAAGUGAGAACAGUAACAAGAAUAACAAUGCUCCACGGACCUAUGGGAUAGGCUACACUCUGGCUCCCAGUGGUACUGUGGAUAAUUUCUCAGAUUCUGGUCACAGUGAGAUUUCUUCACGAUCCAGUAUUGUCAGCAAUUCUUCCUUUGACUCAGUGCCAGUCUCGCUGCAUGAUGAGAGGCGCCAGAGGCAUUCUGUCAGCAUUGUGGAGACAAACCUCGGUGUGGGCAGGAUGGAAAGGCGGACUGUGAUUGAACCAGACCAGUACAGCUUAGGGUCCUAUGCGCCAAUGUCUGAGAGUCGAGGCUUGUAUGCUACAGCUACAGUAAUUUCUUCCCCAAGCACAGAGGAACUUUCCCAAGACCAAGGGGAUCGUGCGUCACUCGAUGCUGCCGACAGUGGCCGUGGGAGCUGGACGUCGUGCUCAAGUGGCUCACAUGAUAAUAUACAGACCAUUCAGCACCAGAGAAGCUGGGAAACACUUCCAUUUGGGCACACUCACUUUGAUUAUUCAGGGGAUCCUGCAGGUUUAUGGGCCUCAAGUAGCCAUAUGGACCAACUUAUGUUUUCUGAUCACAGCACAAAGUACAACAGGCAAAAUCAAAGUAGAGAGAGUCUUGAACAAGCCCAAUCCCGGGCAAGCUGGGCAUCUUCCACAGGAUACUGGGGAGAAGACUCAGAAGGUGACACAGGCACAAUAAAGCGAAGGGGUGGAAAAGAUGUUUCCAUUGAAGCCGAAAGCAGUAGCAUCACCUCUGUGACCACAGAAGAAGCCAAACCUGUUCCUACGCCGGCCCACAUAGCUGUGACGUCGAGUACUACAAAGGGACUUAUUGUGCGGAAGGAGGGCAGGUAUCGAGAGCCCCCGCCCACCCCUCCAGGCUACAUUGGAAUCCCCAUCACUGACUUUCCAGAAGGACAUUCCCAUCCGGCCAGGAAACCUCCAGACUACAACGUGGCACUUCAGAGAUCUCGGAUGGUCGCCCGACCCACCGACACAGCUGGGCCUUCGCCUGCACAGCAGCCACACGGGCCUCCAGCGAGCGGCAGGCCAGUGAACAAACCGCAGUGGCAUAAGCCCAAUGAGUGUGACCCGCGCCUCGCCCCCUAUCAGUCUCAAGGGUUUUCCACCGAGGAGGAUGAAGAUGAACAAGUAUCUGCUGUUUGAGGCACAGGCUUUUCUGGAUCCAGAGUUAGCCACCUAAAAGGAGAGCACAAGAAGACGUCCCUAGCAGUGGAGCCGUGGAACUCGCAUUCUGAGGAUGGUGGACCAGUUUGCCUCCUUCCCUGCCUUAAAAGCAGCAUGGGGCUUCUUCUCCCCUUCUUCCUUUCCCCUUUGCAUGUGAAAUACUGUGAAGAAAUUGCCCUGGCACUUUUCAGACUUUGUUGCUUGAAAUGCACAGUGCAGCAAUCUUCGAGCUCCCACUGUUGCUGCCUGCCACAUCACACAGUAUCAUUCCCAAUUCCAAGAUCAUCACAACAAGAUGAUUCACUCUGGCUGCACUUCUCAAUGCCUGGAAGGAUUUUUUUAAAUCUUCCUUUUAGAUUUCAAUCCAGUCCUAGCACUUGGUCUCAUUGGGAUAAUGAGAAAAGCUAGCCAUUGAACUACUUGGGGCCUUUAACCCAUCAAAGAAGACAAAGAAAAACAAUGAAAUCCUCUUGAGUACAGUGCUUUGUCCACUUGUUUACAAUGUCUUUUUUUUUUUUUUUUUUUUAAAUGAAUUUAAAGAUUGUGUUCAGAGAGUAAAUGUUCUAUCCAUUUGAUGAUCACAGUAUUAUUUUGAACCUUUAAGUAGGGUUGCCAGCCUGGGUUUCUAAAAAACCAAAUAUGCCGGACAGGGUGUGGUCACACCAAGAAGAGGGAAGACCUGGCUUGCGACCCUGUCUUCCCGCGUCCUUCUGGCCUCACCCGUGAAGUGCCCUAUCCUGGAAGUAGAAGAUGUUAGCCAAUUACUUAGAUACCAAGACACCUCAUCCACUCCUUCCCCAGUGGGUGGGGUUCUUCUGUAAAACUGUUUGCACAUGGCCAGGGGAGGGAAAAAGGACUCUUGUGUCCUGUGUCUGAGCCUUAUGGAGUGCAGGACAGUGUCAUUUGAGGGCGUGUCCUGCUCCAUCGAGACGGAUGGCAAACCCCGUUUUUUUAAGUUAUGUUUCUUUGAUUUUUGUUAAAUUAGUUUUAGGGAUUUUUUUUUUUUUUUU